AUGGUGCGCGUGCCCGGAUCUACUAGUCCGAAAGGGGACGUGAAGGGGAAGGGUAAGCGGGACCCCGGCGUCGCUGAAAAGCGAGGUAGAAACCUGGAGCGCGAGCAUCUGAAGGGGGUCAUCCGCGACCUCGCUGCCCGAAGCGAUGCUCUAGACGCUGCGAUGGACUACAUGGAAGUCGAAGAUGCGAAGAAGAAAGCCGAGAAGAAAACGGAGAAAUUGGAGAUCUCGGCGCUAGCGGUCCAUGGCCCCAGCAACGACACUCACGAUGAAGACAAACGAUUUCGUGAAGCCGAAGUCAACUACUUCCGUCAAGAGCUCGCGUUCCUGCUCCAGAGAGAUCCGCUCCUGCUUCGCAACCCGCGCACGCUAACAAUCCGAGAUCCGCUUCACGCCGUCACGAUGCUGUUCUGCGUGCUCGAAGAUGCUGGUUUCAUGGUACAUGAACAGCGGAUCUCCACCGAUGUACGCGAGUACGAUCUGGAAACAAAAACCACCGUUCUUACGCUCGCGCGGGUGUACGCAGUGUUGCAGAAGCUCGUCCCGAGUGCAGAUGACUCAUCCGCGCCGUUGCCGACCGGAGACCUCACACCUCCUCGGUUGGACGAUUCGCGGAUCUCCUUCAAGUUUGAAGAUGACGGUGACGCUCUCAUGGGGAGCACUACCUCAACCAAGACGCCUCCACCGGCCCCACGUCGCGGGAAGUCUGCGCAAGUGUCAAAUAUUGCGCAGACUCGCCCAGCGAGAGGACCACGUGGGAGGAUCCAGGAGGCUCAAGAGGUUGCAACAGAGCCCGAUCGCCCCGGCGGUGUGGCUGAAGACCUUCUUUACCAGUUUGCAAACGAGCGAGACGAGCCUGAAGACGUUGAGAUGCAACCAGUCACUGCGUCUCCCGCUCGGCCACGUAUCGGGUACUGA